AUGCAAAAACCCUGCAAAGAAAAUGAAGGAAAACCCAAGCGCAGCAUGCUGAAGAGAGAGGGAAAAGGCCCCUGUGGAGAAUUUGAACGCCAUCAAACUGAAGGCAAUUUUAGGCAAAGGCUGCUUCAAUCUCUAAAGGAACUUAAAAAAGACAUAGAUUAUAGGCAUUUUAAUAAUGAAGAAAUGACAAGAAAGGGAGAUGAGAUAGAAAGGUGUUUGGAAGAGAUAAGAGGUCUGAGAAAGAAGUUUAGAGGUCUGCAUUCUAAUCACAGGCAUUCCCAGGACGUCCUUAUCCCAUGUAAUACAUUUCUGUCCUGA